GUGAACCGUUGACUCUAUUAAAUAUGAUUAGGUGAACAUCGAACAGAUAAGCUUGCAUCAUUAGUUGGUUCAGUUUCUUGGUACUUGUAUAUGAGUUAAGUUGCAGGAUACUUAACAAGAUGUCUCAUCUUCUGAAAAUCUGUUUUUAAAUUCUUCUGUGCUUCAUUGGUUCCUGUAAGAUAAUUGGAGAAGUAAGUACUUCAACCUCAGUUUCUUGAACUUCUUUUCUUCUUGAUGAGGAUUGAGAAUGCUGUGAUGGGGAGGAAAGGGAUACUUCAGAAGAUAUUUCUUGGGAGUUUAGUGGUUCAUCUUCUAGUAAUAGCAGUUGCUGCUGGUUAUAAUAAGGGCUUGAAGAUAUGGCCCAUGCCUGUCUCAGUGAGCCAUGGACGAGGUACACUUUAUCUCAGAAAUGAUUUGGAGCUCAGGAUUGAUGGGAGAAUGUAUAGUGAUGCUUCAGGAAUUUUCAAGGAUGGAUUCUUCAGGUUCCUUGAAAUCCUAAAAGGAGAUCAUGUUUUUCAAACCAAUAUUUCCAGUUUUAAUUCUUCCCUUAUAAUCAAGGCAAUUCAUGUGGUCAUUGUUUCGCCAAGUGAUGAGUUACAGCACGGAGUUGAUGAGUCAUACAAGUUAUCAGUCCCAAUGCUGGGAGAUCCAAGUUAUGCAUAUAUUGAGGCAAAAACAGUGUAUGGGGCAUUACACGCACUAGAGACAUUUAGCCAAGUUUGCUAUUUUAACCAUUCAUCCAGAGUAAUUGAAAUUCGUCAGGCUCCAUGGAUCAUUUUCGAUGAACCAAGGUUUUCUUAUCGAGGGCUUUUGAUUGAUACAUCUCGGCACUUUCUGCCAGUGCCCGUGAUAAAGAAGGUCAUCGAUUCUAUGACGUUUGCCAAAUUGAAUGUGCUGCAUUGGCACAUAGUAGAUGAAGAAUCUUUUCCUCUUGAGAUACCUUCUUAUCCAAAGUUGUGGAAUGGUGCUUAUUCUAGUUCAGAACGAUACAGCAUGGCUCAAGCUGCUGAGAUUGUCAGAUAUGCUCAAAGACGAGGAAUCCAUGUAUUGGCUGAGAUUGAUGCGCCGGGACAUGCUAAAUCCUGGGGUAUUGGUUAUCCUUCACUUUGGCCAUCAAUAAAUUGUACACAACCUCUUGAUGUUAGCAAUGAUUUUACUUUCAAAGUUAUAGAUGGAAUUCUCUCAGAUAUAAGUAAGAUCUUCAAGUACAGAUUUGUUCACCUUGGAGGAGAUGAAGUGAACACAAGUUGCUGGACUUCAACUCCUCAUGUAAGCAACUGGUUAAAGGAGCAAGGUCUUAAUGGAGAUGAGGCUUAUCGGUACUUUGUCUUGAAAGCACAGGAAAUAGCUUUAUCCUAUGGAUAUAAAAUUGUGAACUGGGAGGAGACCUUCGUCAAUUUUGGGAGUAAAUUGAGCCAAGAAACUGUUAUCCACCACUGGCUUAGAGGUGGUGUUGUUCAGCAAGCAGUUGCAGCUGGAUUCCAAUGCAUUGUAAGUAACCAGGAAAGCUGGUACUUGGAUAAUGUAGGUACAACAUGGAAAACUUUCUAUGCCAAUGAGCCCCUAUUUAAUAUUAGAAAGCCUCAGCAAAAAGCAUUAGUUAUGGGGGGUGAAGUAUGCAUGUGGGGUGAACGUGUUGACGGGUCAGAUAUUGAGCAAACAAUAUGGCCACGAGCAGCAGCAGCAGCAGAGAGAUUAUGGACCCCUUACGACAAAGUAGCCAAGGAUACAACAGAAGUUACCGAAAGAUUAGCACAUUUUAGGUGUUUGUUGAACCAAAGAGGAGUUGCAGCUGCGCCAUUGACAGGAUGGGGUCGAGCAGCUCCCAUGGAGCCAGGCUCCUGCUACAAGCAAUAGUCUGCUAAACACGUCUCUUACAUGAUGAUAUUAUAUUGAACUCCAUACAUGGAGACGAGAGAGAUUGAAAAUUGGACUUGUAAGUGAGAAAAGCUACAGCAGGAAGAGAGAAGAAGAAGAAAAAAGGUGUAACAGUGGAUCAAAGGCUCAUUUCAAUCUCUCUAACUCCAAUUUUCAUGGCACUGAAAUAUUAACAAGCAUCUAAUCGAACAGUCCAAGGUUUCAUCACAAGAAAUGAAAUACAUCAUGAAACUGAGGCAAGAAAAGCAGACUGACAAUGGCAGCACUGGUGAUGAUGGCUACAUCAGAAUAAAUUUUGAAGGAAAUUACUUUGAAGUAGAUUUUAGAGAAGGUGGUUUGGUCCAAGGGAGGAAAGAAAAGGAAAAUAAAUGAAAAAAGGUGGACUUGUGUAUAUUUUUUUUUUUUGAAGCUGAAUAAAAUUUUGUUGGUUUGGUUGGAUUGAGCAUACAAGUCAUUGUAGGAGGUUCUUGCUUAACAUAACAUGCAAUUAGGCACUUUCAAUGACAAUUGCACUAAGUAAUAUGUGUGCUAAUAUUGUAAAUGUAAGUACUGAACCAGUUGAAAUUUGUGCCUCAUACAAUGAUCGUUAGACGGCUCACGCUUUUGGGCCAUAAUU